AUGUCAAAUAAGAGAUCUGAUCAUCUCAACCUUGGCCAUUUACCCCAGCCAGCCGUCGGUUUUCCUCGCUCGGGCUCUUCAACUUCCAAUACAUCCCCCACAGAGGCUUCAAUCGGAGGCGCUCCCUUGAGAUCACCAUUUGGUCUACCGUUAAACUCCGCAGGCAAAAUGGCCAGUAAUACGCGGUCGGGAGCUGGUUCUCCAUCGCAUGAACUUGCUACACAACAAAGUGCCAACAGGUUAUUCCCCACAAAGAGGGCACGAGAGAUUCAAGCACAAGAAGGUGGGUUCAGUAAUAGCAAUGUAUGGGGACCUCCAACAAGUGGCAAUUCUACUCCGCUGCGAGAGACUAUACUAGAGUCCCCCACGGAUGGCUUUCCCGAUUUUGCCCAAUUGCCAACGGUGGAAACCACGCCAGCACGACGAGCUCGUGCUGGCACACUUCCAUCUCGUUUUUCGUCUGGAGGACCUUUGAAUACAGCUCCAGGAAGUCUUGCAGCGAAGACGUCGAGACCCACACCAUCUUCGACUCCAUUCAAAUCUCCAUCGCCAAACCUCAAUGAUUUGGGUGAUCCGUCUACCAGCACAGGUUUGUUGAAUCGAUUACGUUCUGGUUCAACCCCUCAAAAUCCUCAAUAUAAAAGUUCGCCGUUCGGUCACUCAGGGCUCUUCACUUCAAGUUGGGGCUUGCCUUCGGGCGGCCGUGAUCGGACCUCGACUUUGCAAAGUAUUGCCAGCCAGUCGUCUAAUGGUCCUAGUUCACCCGCACAAUCUUCAUUCUCGAGGGAAGGAAACAAUGAUAACGAAAUCAGAACUCUUGAUUAUCUGGGCCUCGCGGAAACCCCACAACCUCCUCGAGCUCAAUUGGUAAAUCCAUUGUUUGCCAAUAUCCUCGAUAUCAACAGGCAAUCAAACCGUUUUCGCUCUUACUCUGUCAACGCGAAGGAGAAAUAUGCCGAAGAUGAGGAGGAUGAUGACUAUGGUUCGGGUAGCAUGACACCAUACGAACAGGCACAGGCAGCCCAACAAGUUCAAUUACAGAUGCAAAUGGCUGCCACCAAUGCUGCGAUCCAACAGCACAACCUCGCCGUUCAACAUUACGCCAGCCAAGCAAACAGACCAAGAGCCAGGACUGCCGGCGUUCUUGAUUCACCAAAUCCAUCAAGAUUACUUCGUGACUAUUAUCCUUCAGCGUCUCGUCUUGGUAAUACCAUUACUGCCUCAGAGCUGAGAGAGGCGGAAGAAUUUGCAGCCCUUCCUGAGGCCGUCGCCGCGAUGACUUUGGGACGUUCGAACAGUCGAAACGAACACCUCUCCCCCAACGACAAUUUGGAGGGACCAACCAGUGCUCUUUGGCUCGGAAGCAUUCCAUCAUCAACCACCACCUCUACUCUCACGGAAAUGUUCAAAAUUCAUGGUCCAGUUCAGUCCGCAAGAGUACUUACGCACAAGAAUUGUGGGUUUGUCAACUUCGAACACGUUGAUAGUGCCAUAACAGCAAAGGCAUUGAUGCAUGGAAAGGAAAUUUUCCCAGGAGCAGGACCAGUCAGAAUUAACUUUGCUAAACCUGUAUCUCCAGCAACGACGCCAGGUCCUGAUGGAGCAUUUCCUUCUCCAAGCCCAGAUCCUUUCUCCAAGGGUCUGGACUCGGGUGCAAAUGCUGCUGAUACCAAUGGUGCUCCUGGAGUUAUCUCAAGACCUGAAACUACUGAACCUCCUUCGCCAAGGCUAAGAGACAUCAAGAACGAUAUUUUGAGUAUUGUGUCCGAGUUUGGAGCCACCGCAGAGGACAAGGUUAAGAUUGGUCAAAGUCUGCAAUCAUCCAUUUCAUACGACAAAUGGCAGUCUGAGAUUCCAGCAAUUCCAGAACCCAGUCACAGCAGAGUUCACGAUGCCCCUAAGCUCAGAGACAUUAGAAAACGAAUCGACAACCAAAGCUGGUCACCAGCUGAGAUCGAAGCUAUCGCUAUGGAAAUGCUUGAGGAAGUUGCCGAGUUAUCAUCUGACUACCUAGGAAACACCGUUGUCCAGAAAUUAUUUGAGCACUGCUCAGAUGAUACUAGGGAUCUUAUGCUCGAGCGAAUUGCUCCCCACAUGGCGGAGAUUGGUGUGCACAAGAAUGGUACUUGGGCUGCACAGAAAAUCAUCGACGUAUGCAAAACCCCCAAGCAAAUGAGUAUGAUAGUUCAGAACCUUGCGCCAUAUACUGUGCCGUUGUUUCUUGAUCAGUACGGAAAUUACGUUUUGCAAUGUUGCUUGAAGUUUGGUUCACCUUACAAUGAUUUCAUAUUUGAGGCUAUGCUUAGCAAAAUGAAGCCUAUUUCCGAAGGACGAUAUGGUGCCAGGGCUAUGCGAGCUUGUUUGGAAAGUCACCAUUCUACUAAGGAUCAACAACGAAUGUUAGCGGCCGCCAUUGCGUUACACAGUGUUCAAUUGGCUACUAAUGCUAACGGUGCUUUGCUUUUGACUUGGUUUUUGGAUACUUGCACAUUCCCACAACGUCGAUCUGUUCUUGCACCUCAACUCGUACCAAACCUUGUCCACCUUUGCAAGCACAAGGUAGCAUAUCUCACAGUGCUGAAAGUCAUCAACCAAAAGUUAGAGUCUGAUGCGCGCGAUCAAAUCUUUCAAGCAUUGUUCUUUUCAAAGGAUGACGAAACUCUCGAGGCUAUCUUAUCUGAUCAAGCCUGUGGUGCUACUUUGAUUUUCAAAGUACUUACUACUCCAUUCUUUGAUGAGUCAAUUCGAAGCAAGGUGGUUGAGAACGUUCGUAAUGUUCUGAUUCGCCUCAAGGCACAACCAGCACAAGGCUAUAAGCGCUUGAUGGAUGAGGUUGGAUUAUCAACUCGUAACGGUAGUGCCGGACCAAGCAGAGAGCAUAGUCAACAGCAAACGACCGAUCGCCCUCGACCUGGGUCACAACAAAGUCAAGCCAUUGGACAACAUGCACCCCAAUCACAAUAUGGUGCUAACCAAUACUACCCACAAAUGCAACAAAAUCCACAAAUUCAGCAAAAUGCAUAUGAUAUGAAUAUGAAUAUGCAACGAACUGACAGCAUGGAUUCCAAUGUUACACCCUAUCAACAAUACGCACUCCCAAGCUCAAUGUUCCCACAAUCUGCAGGCAUGAUGCAACCAAUGAAUAUGCAACAGUUGCAAUACCAAAACAUGGCACGAGGUACUCCUCCAAUUAACAGCUUCUACCCUGCCAUGCAAUCAGGGUUUGGUGCAUUUGGUACCCCACAAAUGACGGAUCAAUAUCGCGGAAUGCAAAAUGCUAGUCCCAUUCAACCACCAUCUCAGCAAAUGAGCCCUAGCCCAAUGGUAGGACAAAACUCAUUUGGACCUCCUGGUUUCAAUAAUAUGGGAAUGGGAAUGGGAGCAUAUGGUUAUGGUGGCUUGCCUGUUAAUGGAAUGCAAAACUUGCCAUAUAUGCAACAAGAACAAGUUAACAGUCGACGUGGGAGACAGAGAUAA